ACGGCUCAAUACACAUACACACGCGCAGCAGUGCCGGCGCCGGCCCGGUUGCUAUGGAGACGCGUUGUGUCGGCUUUUCCUGUAUUGAUUCGAAAGAAGUGACGUUGCAGGCUGUUCCCGUCAUGCACUGCGAGAACCGAGCGUGAAAGGGGAGGGUGAGCGAGAUACAGCAGCGCCGCCAUAUUGGCACCGCGGAACAAACCGAAAUUUGGGAGACCGGGUAUCAGGCAAGUGAGGAACCCAAAUGUGGGGCGCUGAAACUAGAGGUCAAUUCUGUCCCCUUUUCCCUUCCCUUUCAUCCUGCACCUUGCAGUCACCAUGGACCAAGAUUAUGAGCGGCGCCUCCUGCGGCAAAUAAACCUCCAGAAUGAAAACACUAUGCCUUGCGUGCCAGAAAUGAGAAGGACAUUGACCCCAUCAAAUUCUCCAAUGUCUUCUCCAAGUAAACAUGGAGAUAGAUUUAUUCCAUCUAGAGCUGGAGCAAACUGGAGUAUUAACUUUCACCGAAUAAAUGAAAAUGAGAAAUCCCCCAGUCAAAACAGGAAAGCCAAAGAUGCCACUUCUGACAGUGGCAAAGAUGGCUUGGCAUAUUCCGCUUUGCUUAAGAACGAACUAUUAGGUGCUGGAAUCGAAAAAGUACAGGACCCACAAACCGAGGAUCGCCGCCUUCAACCAUCUACACCAGAAAAAAAGUCUCUCUUUACGUAUUCCUUAAGUUCCAAGCGAUCAAGCCCUGAUGAUGGAAAUGAAGUGUCUCCAUAUUCUUUAUCACCUGUCAGUAAUAAAAGUCAGAAGCUAUUGCGGUCUCCACGAAAGCCCACACGUAAGAUUUCCAAAAUCCCUUUCAAAGUACUUGAUGCUCCAGAGCUGCAAGAUGACUUUUACCUGAAUUUAGUGGACUGGUCGUCUCUCAAUGUUCUGAGUGUCGGAUUGGGUACCUGUGUGUACCUGUGGAGUGCAUGUACCAGCCAGGUGACUAGGCUCUGUGACUUAUCAUUAGAAGGGGACUCUGUGACUUCAGUUGGUUGGUCUGAGAGAGGAAAUUUGGUUGCAGUUGGGACUCAUAAAGGUUUUGUGCAGAUUUGGGAUGCAUCAGCAGGGAAGAAGCUGUCCACUCUAGAGGGACAUACAGCCAGAGUUGGGGCUUUGGCGUGGAAUGCAGAUCAACUAUCCUCUGGUAGUAGAGACCGUAUGAUUUUACAGAGAGACAUUCGUACUCCACCCGUGCAAUCAGAAAGGAGAUUACAGGGUCAUAGGCAAGAGGUGUGUGGCCUCAAGUGGUCCACUGAUCAUCAGCUGCUGGCAUCAGGAGGAAAUGACAACAAGCUUCUAGUUUGGAAUCAUUCAAGCUUAACUCCUGUCCAGCAGUACACAGAACACCUAGCUGCAGUGAAGGCAAUUGCUUGGUCCCCCCACCAGCAUGGUCUGCUUGCUUCAGGAGGUGGCACAGCUGAUCGCUGUAUCAGAUUCUGGAACACACUCACAGGUCAACCUCUUCAGUGUAUUGACACUGGAUCGCAAGUUUGUAACCUGGCCUGGUCAAAGCAUGCUAAUGAGCUGGUGAGCACACAUGGCUAUUCCCAGAACCAGAUUUUAGUGUGGAAAUAUCCGUCUCUAACACAAGUGGCAAAGUUGACUGGACAUUCUUACAGAGUUCUAUACCUUGCCAUGUCCCCAGAUGGUGAAGCUAUUGUCACAGGUGCUGGAGAUGAAACACUGAGAUUCUGGAAUGUUUUUAGCAAAACAAGAUCUACAAAGGAGUCUGUCUCCGUCCUCAACCUCUUCACCAGAAUACGAUAAAAACAAAAAUAAAUCUCCAUUGUUCUUCACUGGGCGUGAAUUAAAUGACUGCUCUUUUUUUUACCCAGCAGAGAGACUGCGAAUGCUCUGGACACAGUGCCGUGAUUCUUUAAAAGACUGUAUAGGGAUGGGAGGCAUUAAACAGCAGUGUUCUAUCUGUAUAUUAUUUUCCAUCAAUGUUAGGGGAGUAAGAUGGAACCACAAAUUGUCUGUAUACUGGCAAGUGGGUAUAAACAACCCUACUAACCAUGUUCUAUAGAUAUGUAUGUAAGUGUAUGUAUAUAAAUAACUAUGUAUAUCUUAUAAUUUUGGGAUUAACCCCUUGAGCAAUGAGAUGCAGUAUUCUCUAGUAGCCAGAGAGAGAAACAGAGAGACCCCAAUCCCUAUUUUAGACUUUUCGGGACCAUGCUCUGUUUCAUAGAAGUACAGAUAAUCCACAUAUCAAGUAGUCCUGUUUGCAUGCAGAGCAGUUCACAUACUGUUAUGUAAUGAACACAAAUUAUGUGUGUAUGUGUGUGUAUAUAUAUAUAUAUAUAUAUAUAUAUAUAUAUAUACACACGCGCGCGCGCACACACACCACACACACUUAUCUACAGCUAAACUUGCAACUUUUCACCUGACUUUUUAUUUGUGAAUAUGUAUGUGCUUAAUCUGAGAGUUGAGGGGAGGGAGGGGUAAUAUGGAUUUAUAUUUUACAAAUGUGUGAAUGAAAGAUUGGUCUUCUCAUUGUUGCAAAAUGUUUGUUUAAUGCUGUGCAGUUACUUUUUAUGAGUGAUGUUAUGUAUUUUUAAUGUUAAUUUAAUCUCAUUUUCAAGAUCGAUCAGCAGUAUAGCCUGGUCAUUCCCUUCCAUUUUUGUUGCAUUUUUUUGCACGACUGAGGAAUUUAGGGGAAGGAAAAAAAAGUCUAUUUGCUCAAGGAAAGCACUUAAUCUUUGAUUACUAGAAUGCCCUCACUAGGGAUUUCAACCUUAACCUGUAAAUUGGUUAGUUCAGGUUGUGUGGGGAUGUUUUGCUCAAUGUUGAAGCUGGAAUCCUCUGUAUUCUCCCCAGAGGUGGGGCAUGUCAUCACUUCUUUGUUUUUAAAGAAAAAAAAAAAACCAUUUUGAUGUUGAAAAA